GCGGGGAGGCGGCGCGCGGCCUGGUGGGGGCCGCGGCCGCGUGGGGCACGGGCGGGCCGGGCGCUGCAGCACCGCCGCCGCCAGCAGCAGCAGCAGCACCAUGGCGCAGCUCACGGCGCGGUUCCGCACCGAGAACCCCAGGUACGCCGUGGAGGAUGUGCCCUUCUCGGUGCCCGCGGCCUCCGAGAUCACGGACCUCAGCCACCUCAUCAACAAGCUGCUGGUGGCCGCCGACGCUGACCACAAAUAUGUGGAAUUUGACUUCCUUAUCAAUGGCCAGUUCUUGCGUAUGCCACUGGUCACACACAUGGAGAUGGAAAAUAUCUCCACGGAAGAAGUGGUGGAAAUAGAAUAUGUGGAGAAAUAUAUGGCCCCUCAGCCAGAGGAGUGCAUCUUCCAUGAUGACUGGAUCAGUUCUGUUCAAGCCACUGAAGAAUGGAUAUUAACUGGCUGCUAUGAUCAGACUGCUCGAAUCUGGUCUUUGGAAGGAAAAUCCAUCAUGACAAUAGCUGGGCAUACAGAAGUAGUGAAGGAUGUGGCAUGGGUGAAGCAAGAUAGUUUAUCCUGCCUGUUACUCAGUGCAUCUAUGGAUCAAACUAUCCUGCUCUGGGAGUGGAAUGCAGAGAAAAACAAAGUGAAAGCCCUUCACUGCUGCAGGGGGCAUGCUGGGAGCGUGGACUCUGUAGCUGUUGAUUGCACGCGAACUAAAUUCUGCAGUGGGUCUUGGGAUAAAAUGUUAAAGAUCUGGUCUGCAGUCCCUACAGAUGAAGAGGAUGAAAUGGAAGAAGCAGCAAACAGACCACGGAAGAAGCAGAAAACGGAACAGUUGGGACUAACAAGGACUCCCCUGGCAACCCUCUCUGGCCACACAGAAGCCAUCUCCUCUGUGCUGUGGUCAGAUGCUGAAGAAAUUUGCAGUGCAUCAUGGGACCAUACCAUUAAGCUCUGGGAUGCUGAGACAGGAGGUCUCAAAUCAACUUUGACAGGAAACAAAGUGUUUAAUUCUAUCUCCUACUCAACACUUUGUCGGCGUCUUGCAUCUGGGAGCACUGACAGACAUAUUAGACUAUGGGAUCCUCGCAGCAAAGAUGGCUCCUUGGUUCUCCUGUCUCUGACUUCUCACACAGGCUGGGUGACAUCUGUGAAGUGGUCACCCACCCAUGAGCAUCAGCUGAUCUCUGGUUCUCUGGACAACAUUGUGAAGCUGUGGGACACAAGGAGUUGCAAAGCUCCUCUGUAUGACUUGGCAGCUCAUGAAGAUAAGGUUUUGUGUGUGGACUGGACAGAAACAGGGUUACUAUUGAGUGGUGGUGCAGACAACAAACUGUAUUGCUACAGGUACCCAGCCACAGCCUCUGAUGUCGGAGCAUGAAGGACAAAAGCCAGAAGAUUUUUUUAAAAAACAUUUUGCAGCAGUCCCUCUGUUAACACCUGAAGGAGGUUUUUGUUGCUCAGAGAGCAGUUGUUCCUAUUUUUUGUAUUACUAACCUGUAUCCGUAACAACAGAAUGACAACCAGCAGCUUCAAACAUGAUUACUGUGAAACAAAGCAAAGGCUGUUUCCUCCCUUGUCAAUUGCUUUCAAUUUAAGAUCUUUUAAAUGGCUAUUUGUAUAGACCUGUUACUAACAGUAAACUGUUCCUGACACUUAAAGAAAAAUUACUCACUGGACUAAAUUAUUUUUGAGUUUACCUUUCCCUUUAAAAAAAAUAAACUUUUAUC